GAGGCUCCGCUUGGCCUCCACGCAGUCACCGGGUCCCACCGCCCGGACUCUCGGAAGGGGAGGGCGGGGGCCGCGCCUCGCGUUCCAGGCGCGGGCCGGUGCGUGGCCGCGCUACACCGGCGGGGGCGGGUUCUGCUCGGACGCUGCAUUCGCCGCCAGCACGUCACUCCCAAACUUUUCCAGCCUGCGCUCGGGGAGCAGGUUGACGCGCCUCGGAUGCGGGGCUCCAGGCGCGGGGCUGGGCGCGCUCCCGCGGAGCCGGAGCCGCAGAGGCUGGCGGGCUGGACUCGGGCUUGCCAGGUAAUCGGACGCCGCUAAGGGUUUGCUCCCCACGCAGCGGGAGCGAUCCGGAGCAAGUUGGGAUGUAAAGUGGGCCUCUCCACCGGCGUCUCCAUGGACAGCCUGGCAGGCCCCCCGUCACGGAGAGAACCAUGAUACUGCGCAAUCUCCCCGGGGCUUCCCUGUUCUCCCGCCAGCCCUCUCCCACUUUCCUGUGUGCCAUGGGAAAAACCUGACGGGCAGGCAGAGUGGCUUCCGCCCCCCGGGGCCAUCCCUGUGGCUGCAAAGGCUUCUCACCGGGCCUGACGUGUGGAGAUAGCUUCCUGUGGCCGUCCUUCAGAGCCCAAGACGGCACUUCCUCACUCCCUCGGUCUUCGGGAUCUGCCCAGUGUUUCGUUUGCUCGUGCCUUCCCGCCCUCUUCUGUGACCCCAGGACAUCCGUGGCGUCUUCCCGCAGGAGCUGCACGCACCCCGUGGCUCGGAGGCCGGCCGUGCGGGGCCACUAUCAUGAGGCACUGCCUUAACGGCUGCACACGGCUGAUACAAGACGACGGCUCCCGCACCGGGCAGGUCGGCUGCCGGGGAGGCCCCGCCCACAGCCCCCAGGCGUGCCCCGCGUGCCAGGAAGACAGGAUUCUGUUUCGCGUGGACAGUAAGCAGAUGAACUUGCUUGCCGUUCUCGAAGUGAGGACUGACGGGAAUGAGAGCUGGGGUGGGCUUCUGCGCUUUAGGAAGGGCAGGCGAUGGAGCCUCGUGUUCGGACUGAUAAUAAUGACCCUGGUGAUGGCGUCCUACAUCCUCUCCGGGGCCCGCCAGGAGCUUCUGAUCCCGUCGCCUUUCCACUACGGAGGCUUCCCCAGCAAUCCUGGCUUGACGGACGCUGAAAACCCAGGCGACACCAAAGAGCAUGCCCACCAGCCCUCCGUGAGUAACGUGUCCUAUGUGAAGGACUACCCGAGCAUCAAACUCAUCAUCGACAGCAUCACGGCCAGGAUCGAGUUCACCCCCAGGCAGCUCCCGGACUUGGAAGACCUCAGGAAGCAGGAGGGGCACAUGUUCUCAGUCAUCCCCAGCAAAUUCCUCCCGAACAGCAAGAGCCCCUGCUGGUACGAGGAGUUCUCGGGCAGGAACACCACCGACCCCUACCUGACCAACUCCUACGUGCUCUACUCCAAGCGCUUCCGCUCCACCUUCGACGCCCUGCGCAAGGCCUUCUGGGGCCACCUGUCGCACGCCGACGGGAAGCACUUCCGCCUGCGCUGCCUGCCCCACUUCUACAUCAUCGGGCAGCCCAAGUGCGGGACCACCGACCUCUACGACCGCCUGCGCCUGCACCCGGAAGUCAAGUUCUCCGCCAUCAAGGAGCCGCACUGGUGGACCCGGAAGCGGUUCGGGAUCGUGCGCCUGAGAGAUGGGCUGCGAGACCGCUACCCCGUGGAAGAUUACCUGGACCUCUUUGACUUGGCCGCGCACCAGAUCCACCAAGGCCUGCAGGCCAGUGCUGCGCAGGAGCGGACCAAGAUGAAUGACAUCAUCGUGGGAGAGGCCAGCGCCUCCACCAUGUGGGACAACAACGCCUGGACCUUCUUCUACGACAACAGCACGGCCGGCGAGCCGCCCUUCCUGACCCAGGACUUCAUCCACGCCUUCCAGCCCAACGCCAAGCUCAUCGUCAUGCUCAGGGACCCCGUGGAGAGGUUGUACUCAGACUACCUCUACUUCGCGAGUUCCAAUAAGUCUGCCGACGACUUCCACGAGAAAGUGACUGAAGCGCUGCAGCUGUUUGAGAAUUGCAUGCUGGACUACUCCCUGCGUGCGUGUGUCUACAACAACACCCUCAACAACGCCAUGCCUGUGAGGCUGCAGGUCGGACUGUAUGCUGUGUACCUCCUGGACUGGCUCACCGUGUUCAGUAAGGACCAGUUCCUCAUCCUGCGCCUGGAAGACCAUGCCUCCAACGUCAAGUACACCAUGCACAAGGUCUUCCGGUUUCUGAACCUGGGGCCCUUGAGCGAGAAGCAGGAGGCCUUGCUGACCAAGAGCCCCGCGUCCAACGUGCGGCGGCCCGAGGACCGGAGCCUGGGGCCCAUGUGGCCAGUCACACACAAGAUCCUGCAGGACUUCUACGGGCCGUUCAACGCCAGGCUGGCGCAGGUCCUGGCCGACGAGGCGUUCGCCUGGAAGACACCGUGAGAGCUGCCCCUGCGGCCGCCCCACCCGCCUCUCCGCUGGCGCGGUGCCAUGGUUUCAGCACGCUCUCUUGGUGGGGAGCUGUUCCCCUCACAGCGUGGAGAAACCCCCGUGACUGGAGCCGCCUCUGCCUCCCUCGGCACCUCGGCACCGUCUCGGCGUCUCCUCUAGUGUCCAGCCCCGCCACGGCCCCUGCAUCGGAGCGCGUGGGAGACUCUGCCUCCCUGGGAAGCUCCGAGGGCCUCGGGGGACGGCCCCUGGGCGGGCGACAAUCUCAGGAUCCAAGGACUCAGCCAGAGGCCCCGCCCCAAGGCUGGCAGGACAGGCACCACGCAGCCUGGAGGGUGGCUAACCUUGGCCUCUGGGAGAACUGAGAUUCCUGUGCUUCCCCGCCUCCACACCCAGCCGUUCUGUUGUCCGGAUAUGGGCCCGGGCAGCUCUGCUGCUGGGGGCAGCACGCGCCUCCCUCCGGCCCCCUCCCAGCCUCUGUAGACUGGGCUCCCCCAGAGCAGGAACGCGUUUGAACCAGACCGCUCCCUGCAUCGGGCAAGCCCCACCUCCCUUUCUCACUGUUAACGCCAGAAAGAGCAACCCCAAAGUAUCGGACACUUGGUGGACACUGUGGAAACCCAAGCCGUCCUCGUGCGUUCGCAGUCAGAGCCGGAGGAGCUGUAGCUUGGGGUCUGGGCAGCCGCGGGCUCCAGCGGGCCGCCCUCCCGCUGGCACGAGUCGUUGUGCCCCGAGCUCCGUACACAUUUACAGAACGACAAGGUGUGGUGACCGAUUCGGCAGCAGUGCACAGGCUAAGCCUGGGCCACACGCGCAGUGCCAGGAUCGGGAACAGGACUGCGAGAGCCAUGCUCGUCAUGGAACUUUCCAGGCCAUUUGGCAGCGUGGUGGGCUGCUUGGGUGGAUGGACUGAUGGUCUUGGCGUUUCUCGGAAGUCACGGGGAAGACUGCAGAGAGUGCCGGAGCUCCCUGGGCCCAGCCCCAGCUUCGCGCGCAGCGGAACCAGAGUUCUCAAGUGCAGGUCCCCUGCACCGAAGUGGGAACGUGCGAACCUCGGCUGUAGCCUGCGAGCCCGAGACGGACUGGCCCUGGUUGUGGGAGCAUCCUGAGGGGGCUCAGCUGUCUCAUCCCAGUGCCAUCGUCUGCCUUCGGGGAGGGGUUCUGCGGCCCCUUGGGAGGCGGGUGGGGGGCCGUCAGCACUGACUGUGCUCCUGGAGGGGCGGGGUGCCCCGAGCACCCCCCUUUCCAAGACAGCCCCCCGCCUUUCUCUUGUAGCCGGCACUUGGAGCAGCAACCAGCAGGAGAAUCUGGCCCGAGCUCUGUGUGUGUGUGUGUGUUUGUGUGUGUAUUUAUUUGUACCCCAGAGUGUGCACGUGUGGGUGCGUUCUGAGUGGAUUCCCUUCAGUCUCGUUGCUACGAGGCCCUGUGCUCUGGACACAGUCCUGUCAUAGAUUCACUUCUCUGCCGAUCAGUCAUUGUUUCCAGCAUAUGGCUUAACUGUUCACACCAGCCACAGUGACAGCGAGGGAUGCGUCUGUCCCCGAGCGUGUGGGUAACACGUGGUGUAAUUCUGCUUCUUACAGAAGUUUCGCAGAAGGUGUGAGCUCCAAUAUUAUUUGGUUUAUUACACGGAUCACUUUUAAUAGCCACAGGCCCCUCCCUUCCAUGCCGACCGUCGCCAUCCUGACGCCUUGUCCCUCUCGGGCCGCUUCCAAAGCCCACGCCUGCCGCUUUUGCGCUCUCUCGGGCGGGGCCGGCUCUUGUUGGCAGCACAGGUGUUGCUGGGGGCGGUGGCCUUGUAGCCUGCCAUCCAAAACCAAAGCAAAAAGGGGGCUCGGCCCACCACCUGGCCUGGCAGCUGUGUGGGUCCCCACCAACCGUGCACCGGGUUGUGUUCCACUGUGUUCCCUCUGGCGUGGAUGGGAUGUUGAGUGACUGACAGUUACAGUGUCCUUUCGUUCAUUUGACACAAUUAAAGCGCCCUCUGAGUGGU